AGUUCGUCAGACCAGAUGCAGAAAGGAUGGCCGUGUUGUUGUUCUGCAAGGAAGCUCACUGUUGCAAAAGCCAGAGCUGGUUCUCCAAUGGUGUUUUUAGUUGUAAAAUAUCACGGGACUUUAUGUGACAUUGUUUAAAGUGAACACUUUAAAAGACUAAGGCGUUUUAUGGCCUAGUGAAUGAGUAAUUCUUUAUUUUCGUAAAUUGUAUGUCAGCAAGCUCACCUAGGGUUGGCUUAUGGUGGCGUCUGGUGCGGAUUUUAUUAUAAGACUUUGAAUGUAAAUGUCAAAUGGGUGAUCAGACAAUUGAAAGAAUACCGAUGGAUCUAGCACCUACGCCAGUUUUGAAGGUUGAGCCUCCAAGAAACUCUCCAGGGGCGGCUCUGUUGAGAACAGUCCCGUUACCUCAGCAGCAGAGAUAUUUGACAACGAAUAUUCAGUCUUCGACAUCUUCAGUUUCUACUCCAAGUCCUGCUUUGGUGAAACAAGGUGUGUCAGGGUCCACUAUGGGGCCAGCAGUCAUCAAUAGACUGACCACGAUGCCUGUGUCGGCCGGUACUACCUCUACCUACCACGUACCUCGAGGAGCCGCAGCAGUGGCUAACAUUGCUGUCCCAAGGUCUACGCUAGCAACUCCAAUAAUCAGAGGGUCCUCUACAUUACAAACCAUCGGAGUCGCCACCUCGUCCAGCCAACAAGGGUUCAUGAGAGCCGUGAGCCCGGCUGGUAGAGGAACUACCUCCUGGGUGGGAGUCACCACUCACGCCACUGUCAGGCCUACCAACAACAACAAUAUCACUCAGAACCGCAUGGCGGUAACUACAAGGAUAGGCCCUGGUACAACUGUCAGUACGAGACCUGUCUUACUACAAGCUGCUCCUCCUCACAAACAACUGUCCAUCACUCAGACCCCCAACCAGGUACAGAUAACAGAGAAGAAGAUGGUCAGUAAGGGCCCCGGUGUGGGGAGAGGUGUGAGACUAGGUGGGGCUACAGGAGGCCCCCGCAUUACACCUCCACUCCGCCCUGUAGUCAGUCUACACCCUACGGCUGUGUUGGUGUCAAGCCCGACACCCCCUCCACCCACGCGUCCUGGCACUGUAUCAGUGCUGACGAGUGCAGUAAGAGUCACGUCGGCACCACCAGGCUCGGGUGUCCAAGGGUCAAAAGUCUACUGCCAACCUUCCGAAGGCUCCGUGUACAUCCAGGCGACACACAAGCCUGCACAAAGUGCCAACGUGGUGAGUAUACCAAAGUCACUGUACAGUUUACCAGCCAACAGUUUCUACGAUACUUCCACUAACUUCAGAACAUUCACGACGGCGCCUGUGUCCACUACUCCUGCCAUACAACAAACUAGGCCGACGUUGACACAAGUACAAGGUCUGGUUUCCACUGUUCCUGUCAGACUGUUCAACCCUAGAAUGGCAGUUGAUUCUACUGUUCACCCUUAUGUGCCUAGCGAAAGUGCUCAAACAAUUCAGUCAUCGGAGAAUUGCAACAACGCUUCAAAUCUGCAACCUCAACCCCAGCAGACGGUCCACAAACAGAACGCCUCACCCAGACCUAGUAUACUGAGAAAACGGGAUCCUGAGGGAACACCAGGCAAGGCUGCCAAGAACCUGAAUCCCCUGUUCAGCACACUAAGUGUGUCGACGCCCAGUUCUCCACCUCGCCCAGAGUCGCGGGGGGCAGGUGGGCCUCAGAGCUCCGGGGGCUCCACCACCAUUUCCGCCACCUCAUCCCCCGGGCUGGGGACUGACUCUCCCCCACUCAAACCUGACAACACCGAGGACGACCGGCCUCUGGAGAUGAGUCCUAGGAAAAAACCAAGGAAACAACAACUAACUGGAAAUCAAAUACAAGAACCAAAGUACAGUGAAGAAGAAAUGGAGUUUAUACCUUCUGAAAAAAUUAAAAAGACGUCAAAAGAAGGAAUCACACUUGAAGCAAUGGUGAAGCCUGCUGCCAAGCGACCUGUCAUGUCAAUGCUGCGGACGUAUCGGCCGACGUGGAAGACGAAACACAACCACUUUCUGAGGUAUUCUGACGUCAAACCUAGCAAAGAGAAGAGGCUGACCGUGUCAGACAUUGCGUCACAGAAAAACGUUAUGCAGAAGUGCAACGGCUGGAAAAUAUACCAUCUGGCGGCGCAGAUGACGGAAAUCUCUGACCUGGAGAUGGAUGUUUUUGAUCAAUUGACCGCAGUUCUGAAGGCAUCAGAGAAGAAGGCCGGGAAAGAUGGUGACAUUAACAGGGUCAAUGAAUUGAUAAAGGGUAACAUUCAAAGAAGUAAGGUGAUCACAGACCAGCUCGCGGAGGCAAAGUGUCAAGUGAUGAAAUUGUUUGAUCACAAGUGCCAAGUGACGGAAAUGUUAAAUCGUUUUUCCAGUAGACGUUCUGGUAAAAAGAGAGAACGGGUAUGAGAACCGGAGGAUGAAAGUGAAUUAAUCUCGCCUUUAGUGAUCUAAGCACAGCUAUUUUAAUCUGUAUAUAUUUUUAAUGUAUAUUUUUUGCAUGUAUGAUAAUGUUGUAAAUAAGGUGCAAAUGCAAAUCAAAUUUUAUAUUUCUCAUGAUUAUUUAAUAAUGGAUUGUAAAUGUGCAGAGAUGAACAUAUGUACAUAUCAUAAUUUUUAAUUAGUAAUUUAAAUUUCAGUACAGAUUAAUAAAAAUUAGGUAU